UAUAAAAAUAAUUCUAAAAUGUUGACUUGGCUUUAUUGAUUUCAAUAGUUCUAUUUGCUCUUAUGAUUAACAACAUUAUUAUUAUUAUGAAGAAGAUAAAAUUUGGGGAGGGGGAGGAAAAGAAGGGAAAGAACUCUACAAAUGGCCGCCAGUGUAGACACGGACGUCUAUAGCCUAGAGCAGUGGUUCUCAAAGUGUGGUCAUAAGUCAGGUGGUCCGCGGCUGCAGUGGUCAUAUGUCAGCAAAUCUGGUAAGCUGUCAAGUAUCCAUUCAACAACUGGGUCAGUUGGAAAAAAGUAUCCAGUGUUACAUGAGUAUUCAUCUACACAACUGGGGGGAGUAUUCUGUGUCACCUGAAUAUCAAACAAGGCUGUACUUGUGCAGUCUUACCAAAGAGAUGGCAAAUGUAGCGACAAGUGCUGCACAAGAUUAUCCAUUCAGUUUCAUGAAGACCAUCCACAACCUCUGGCUGGAGGGAAGCUUCUGUGAUGUGCAGCUUGUGGUCGACCAGCAGGAGUUUGCAGCUCACAAGGUCGUCUUGGCUGCUGCCAGUCCCUACUUCAAGGCCAUGUUUCUGUCUGGCAUGAGUGAGGGAAAGCUCAACAGCGUUACACUUCACAACAUGACACCAUCUGUCUUCCAGACUCUUCUGGACUUCAUGUAUUCUGGCAAAAUACAGGUGUGUGCUGAUACUUGUCAGGAAGUUUUGGCAGCAGCAGACAUGCUGCAGUUGCUACCAGUUGUGGAUGUGUGCCGACAGUUUCUUAUUCAGCAGCUGGCCGUUGACAACUGCAUUGGGAUUUGCUCACUGGCAGAACUUCACCAGUUGCCCGAUGUUCAGGACAAAGCCGAGCAGUUCAUUGAAAACCACUUCAUGGAAGUCACUCAAAGUACAGAAUUUUUGCAGUUAGACUGGCAACACCUUCUUCACAUUUUCCACAGCGAGCUUCUCAAAGUGGACUCUGAAAUUCAAGUGCUGGAGGCAGCUCUCACCUGGCUUCAACAUAAUGUGCCUGUCCGUCUCCCUCAGGCAGCAGACGUACUGAAACCUGUGCGUUUUCCUUUGAUACCAACUGCUGAUGUGGACAGAAUGGUUGAGGGCAUAGAAAAUGAAAAUCUGCGACAGGCUGUGGUGUAUUUUGUUCGUGAAUCACGUUUAGACCAGCAGUUAGGCUCAGAGCUGAGCUUAUUUCAUCUACGCCCCUAUCUCCUUCAACCUCGCAAGUCCGCUCGCAAGUACAUCUUCAUUCUUGGUGGUUAUCGUCGCACGUGUGGGUACAGGUGGACAGACACACAAACUUUAGCAUCAGUUGAAAAGUAUGAUACAUUUUACCAGCACUGGCAUACUGUCUCCAGCAUGAAGUAUUCACGGAGCAGCCAUGGAGUGGCAGUCCUCAAUAGAUGUGUCUACGUUGCUGGUGGUGAAAGUGACUGCAUGAUUUAUGACACAGUGGAGCGCUUUGAUCCUGUGUCAAACACUUGGUGCCUGGUUCAGAAUAUGGUACUGCCUCGCUAUGGCCUGGGACUGUGUGAACAUGAGGGGUAUCUGUAUGCCUUUGGGGGAUGGGUAGGAGCAGAGAUUGGCAGUUCCCUGGAAAGGUAUGAUCCCAAAACAAAUAUGUGGAGCAUGGUUGGUCACAUGCCUAUACCUCGCUUUGCCAUGGGAGUUAUCCAACAUCAAGGUCUGGUGUACUUAAUUGGAGGACUGAAUGACAUGGGAUUGGAGCAGAAACUGGCUGAGAACUUUAAUCCUAUCACACAGGAGUGGGUGACACUGUGUCCCAUGAGCACCCGUCGGGCACAUGUUGGUGCAGCAGCAAUUGAUGGUCACAUCUACAUUGUUGGUGGAUGGAAUGAACAGGAAGGUGCUCUCUGCACUGUUGAAAGAUACUCCAUAGAUGAGGACAAAUGGACAGAAAUACCACCAAUGGCAGUGAACCGGGCAGGACCAUCAUGUGUGGUUGUAGGAGGGCUGCUGUAUGUGUUGGGUGGUCGGUCCCAUGCUGGUCAAUACACUGCUCCACUGACCCUGGACUCUGUGGAAUGCUACAAUCCUGCCACAAGUAGUUGGUCAUUCUUACCAAAACUACAGACAGGCCGAUGUGAGGCUGCAGCUUUUGUGUUUUAACCAGUGAAGGAGCAAGGAAUGGUAUUUUACAGCAUGCAGGUCUAGCAAAUUAACUGUAGCUGGAGAUAUUCAACAAGGUGUCAAGCUAGCAAGUGCAAACCAGCAUGUGUGCUUGUGGGUGUGCUGGGGUGUAUGUAUGGGUGAGAGGCAACAUGCACAAAAUAAAUGAUUGUAAACUAUAUUUCAGAGGCAACAUUUGUACUUGUCUGCAGCUUGAUUAUUUAAUUGGUGAAAUUAAAAAAAAAAUAAUUGAUGAAGUGAAAUACUUGACACUAGAGUUAAAAUGCUGUGAUUGACAAAAAGUCAAACUUUCAUGUAGAUCUGUGUGUGACACACAACAUUUGUAUUGCACUGUGUAAAUAUGGAAACCCUCAGGCAGGUAACUGUUACAUGCAGAGAUAUUGUAACUGGCUGAUGUUCUGUUUUUUAAAAGACUGCCUGUUAGCCCAUAGCAUCCCGUGAGCAACGAUCAUUUUGUUGUCAUAGCAGAAUUCCAAAACUUUUCUUCGCAAAAGAUGGAUGUUGUCUGAUAGCUUGCUGUGAGCAACUAUCUCCAGAACAGAAUUUCAAACACCCUUUUUUUUUAAACUGUAGGACAUCAACAGAAUAGUUUUAUUUUCAUCUUAAAGAACAAUCAGUGGACUUGUAUUCUGUCUUGAUUUUUGAAAGACAAGGGACAGAUUAGUAACAUUUUUAAUGAUUCUUUCUGGGUGAUGCUAGGAGACUUAACGUUAGAAGGUAAAAAAGAUUAUUUAGAAUUUGAGGCCCUUUAUCCUUUUCAUUUGUAUUUUUUGUAGCCCUUUAUAGCCUCAUCCCAUUAACUGUAGGUUCAUGCUGACAUUAGCAAAUUUUCUUAAGCAUUCCUGUUUCUUGGUCCAGAACAAAGAGAUUUGUGGAUGACAGAGACAAAUUAUUGAACCCUAAAGACAAAAUAAUAUGGCUUUGGAGGAGGAAGGCACUUGAGACAAAAGGUAGGGAACACCUGUAUGACAGAUGCUCGUGGAACAGCACCUGUUAUGGUGAAUGUUAGUCCGAAAACAGGUCAUUCCUCCAUCCUUGACUAGGUAGCAGUUGACAGUGAUCUGCCAAUAUUAGUCCCCGGGGAAAUGUUCUAUCUUUUAUUUCUUUGGUAUUUCUGGGAUCAUGCCUGUCAGACUUUAAGGUUCUUUGUAUCGUUGAAGGGGGCUAUUUUUUCCUCUGUCUGUCUGGUAUCCCAAAAUUGCUGACACAACUACACCUUAUUAGACAGUCUGUACUUGCUAGCAAACUUUCUGGUAUUACUGCUCCAGAUACUGUCCAUACUGGCUGUUGCUGCUGUCACUGUUGCCUUUCUGAUGUGGCUGCUAUUUUUGGAAAAGUUACCAAGUACAUGUACUUAGAGCUUGUCCACCUCCUCAUUCUGUUCAUGUAGAUCUCUGCUUUGCAAAUAAACUUUACUUUACAACUUUACUUUUGUCAUCUUGUCAGUGCUGGUCUCCAUUCCUUAUACAAUCACACUUCUAUCUGGUUCUCCUAUAAUAUUAUGUUUUCUUAAAGAAAAAUCUCAUUUGGUUUUCCUGUAGCAUUUUGUUGUCUGAAAGAAAACUCCCAUUUGGCUAUCCUGUAAUAUUGUGUUUUACAAAAGAAAGCUCCCAUUUGGUUUUCCUGUAGUAUUGAGUUCUUGUACAGUACUUUGAUGAUUUGAACAAGACACUCUUCUAUGUUCACAUGCCUUUUUAAAGUUUGAAAAAAGCUGUGGUUUUGCUCUUGCUGGUGUUGUAAACAUUUUUCUAUCAGUAUGUGACAGUAAAAAAAUCUGUUCAGCUGUAAAAAGGUAAAGGUAAAGGUCAUCCCCUAACCUUUCCAGGUCAUUGUGGGGUGAGGUGUUAGACCUCACUUUUCUCGAGACCAGCUUUAUGUGAGGGCGGUGCCUAAUCUCCUCUCCCUCACUGCCUUACCUUCCCCAACCCUUUAUGGAGUCAGGUACCCAUUCCUGCCAGCUUGUUCGACUGGGGAGUUUGCCGCGCUAAUCAGGCAUUCAACCAGCACACUCUGUUCAGACGCCAGCGCUCAAACCACUCAGCUAUCUGCUUCCGUUUAACUGUGCUGUUAGCCUGUUCAUUUGCCAGCAGUUUCUCUGUAGUGUUGAUGUGAUUUUGUAUUAUUUUGAGAGUCACUUUGUUUAGGUGGCUGAUUAGGCUGAUGGUUCCAUAGUUGUGCAGUUUUUACUGUUUCCUUUCUUUGGAAGAGUGUGACUCCUGGUUGAGUCAGUUCUUUGGGCCAUUUUUUUGUGUUCUCAGAUUCUUUGUACAAAACAGUUGUUUCUUACCUACCUUGAGCAGUUCUGCUGGGAUGUGAUUGCUUACAGUUCUCUUGACUUCUUCCAUAGAACUGGUAGGUCUCAUGCUUGUUUUCUGGUUCCUUUGGAUGACAUUCAUGCCUACCUGUUUUGUACUGUAUGGAUGCCUACAUGUUUUGUAAUUUUCGGUCCAGUUUAGCAUUCAGUUUAGUACAGCAGUGAGGAGGCAGCCAUUGUUGUCUUUGAUGACUGAAGUCUUGUGCUGACCUGUCAUGGUGAGAAUCUGCAGUAGUUGAACUCUUGCAGACCCUAAGAUGCAAAAACUUUGGUGAUUGCUAGUAGAACAGGUAGUCAACACCUGAAUCCAGGAACAGGUAGUAUGGCAUGUGUAGAUAGCUCCUCUCAAUGCUAGAAAUUAAGUGUGGUGAGUGGUCUAUAGUCAUUGUAAUGUUUUGGUUUCCACAUGAAUUCUAAAACAAAGGAUUAACUGAUAAAAGUGAGAAAAGUGAUGAGAUGUCAACAGUAUUUCAAGCAUCCACUCCUCUCCCACCCCAAAUGCACACCGUAACCAUUUGGCUUAUUUUGUCAGAGCAAAGAAUUUGAGAUAACGUGUAGCAUAUCAAAAUAUGAUUGACAAUUGGCAAAGAUGCUUGCAAGUAAAAGAUGAAAAAAUGUAUAUUGACAUACCUAUAUUGGUAAAUCAACAUGCCUACUAGUUUAGUACUGUAUGGAUGCCUACCUGUUCUGUAUGUUGUACUGUAUGGAUGCCUACCUGUUCUGUAUGUACUGUAUGGAUGCCUACAUGUUUUGUACUGUAUGUAUGUCUUCAUGUUUUGCACUGUAUGUCUACAUGUUUUGUGCUGUAUGGAUGCCUACAUGUGGGAAGGGUUGCUUUCUCAUUUUGCUGAUGUUAUUUAUCUAAACAGAUAAUUAUAUAUUGAUAUAUAAUUGUGCAGAAGUUCAGAUGCAUUGUAUCUGCUUCAUUAUGUGUAUAACGCUUUGAGAAAACUUGUUCAUUUUUGUGUGGGUUUUUUUUUUUGUCUGUUGUUUGACAUCAUAUUUUUUUGACCUGUUGAGAAGAAUCUAUUUACUUUGCUGUGUGCCCUUGAAUGGAAAGUGGUCUUAGGAAAAUGAUAACUGUAUAAUCUGAUGGCAUCAUUGCACAAGAGAGAUUAAACUUUACUGCAGGGUGUAUUGA